UCCACAUGGUAGUAAGUGGGUCCAUCUAGGCCACAUUCGUUUUCUUUGGUAUUGCAGUUGAAUGGGAUUUGGUAUUCAUUUCGUAACUGUUCUUAUGUGGAGGAUUAGCGUUUAGUUUCAUUUAUCUUCAUCUGGACUACUAAUAUUGACAAGAGAAAGGGUACAAUUGAAAACGAUUUUAAAACUUUAUGAUUCAUAAAUUAUCGUGGGAUUUGGUGACCACAAAAGCUUUAUUUCCCCAAGAGGAGAUCGGUAGGCUUAGUCUUGAAUCUUUCAACUGGCGUUGUGACAAUACCGUACACGCAGUGAAGUAAUAUAGUAUUCUUUUACAACACUACUAGUACUAUUACCAUUAGUUACUAACACAGUAACAGUACGUUUUAGCAUUAACAGAUUCUUACUGACAAAGGAAGUGCGGCAUCAUAUCGAUAUUACCGUGAAAUUUGUAUUUGUGUAGGCUUACCGUAUGGUUCGGUGUUCAGCAACUGCAAAGUAGGUCCUACGACAAGUACGAGUACAACUUCACUACAAAAGUACGAGUAAUAGAAAUGGAAGAAUCAAGUGCAGACAGAAAUGUAGAAGUAUGGAAAGUUAAGAAAUUGAUUAAAAGUUUGGAAGCGGCAAGAGGGAAUGGCACAAGCAUGAUAUCCCUUAUCAUACCUCCUAAGGACCAAAUUUCAAGAGUCUCAAAAAUGUUAGCUGAUGAAUUUGGAACAGCUUCUAAUAUUAAAAGUCGAGUGAAUCGGUUGUCAGUGCUUGGUGCCAUCACAUCAGUACAACAGAGAUUAAAGCUCUAUAAUAAAGUUCCUCCUAAUGGUCUUGUAAUAUACUGUGGGACAAUUGUUACAGAAGAAGGCAAAGAAAAAAAAGUCAAUAUUGAUUUUGAACCAUUCAAACCCAUUAACACGUCCUUGUACCUUUGUGACAACAAGUUUCACACAGAGGCUCUCUCAGCAUUGUUAGCAGAUGAUAAUAAGUUUGGAUUUAUUGUUAUGGAUGGUAAUGGUGCUCUCUUUGGAACUCUUCAAGGAAAUACUCGUGAUGUCCUGCACAAGUUUACUGUUGACUUACCUAAAAAACAUGGUCGUGGUGGACAGUCAGCUCUUCGAUUUGCCAGAUUAAGAAUGGAAAAGAGACAUAAUUAUGUGCGGAAAGUGGCUGAGGUAGCAACCCAACUGUUCAUCACCAAUGACAAACCUAAUAUUGCUGGCCUUAUUUUAGCAGGAUCAGCUGACUUUAAAACAGAACUCAGCCAGUCUGAUAUGUUUGAUCCUAGACUUCAAGCCAAGAUUCUAAAACUGGUAGAUGUUUCAUAUGGAGGUGAGAAUGGAUUUAACCAAGCUAUUGAGCUUUCUGCAGAAGUACUUGCCAAUGUAAAGUUUAUACAAGAGAAAAGACUAAUAGGGCGUUAUUUUGAUGAAAUCUCUCAAGAUACAGGAAAGUACUGUUUUGGUGUUGAAGACACACUCAAAGCUCUUGAGAUGGGAGCUGUAGAAAUCUUGAUCUGUUGGGAGAAUCUAGAUAUUAACCGUUUUCUUCUGAAAAACCAUGCUUCAGAUGGACUUCUAAGAUACAGAGUAGACUUCCAAGUUCUAGAGCUCACUGAUGGCCUUGAUGACUUUGACCUGGAUGACUUAUGUUUGGAGCUUCUUGCAUUUCCCAUGACUUCAGGGACUGAAUUCAGCUUCAUGUCUUUGGAGCCUCUGGAUGAAGACACAUUGCAGGAUGAGGAAGUAGACAUGAAAAAUCUGGCUGAACCUGUAGGUAGUGAUGAAAGUGAUUCCAAAGCCAAGCAAAGCACACUCGAGUCAAGUGGUGAAGAACAACAAAAUGAGAUAAACUUCCACAGCAUUCCCGAUAUCAUUAGUAGUGAGACAGAGUCCAGUGAGGUUUGCUUUCUGCCUGAGCGUCUUCGAUGUGCAGUACUCAACUUAGUAGCAACCAGUUAUGUAGAAAAGGCUUUGAGUGAUGGUAUGCUCAAGAAAGUGUCACGAUCAGCACUUAUUAAAUCUCAGAUGCUUUGGAACAUAGAACAAGAACUAGACUUGCAAGCUUUGAUUUCAGGAAUUCAGAAGCACUUUGAAGCUGUUUUUGUUAAUGAGGAUCAAGUUCUCGCAGUUGCUUUUCACUCAUGGUUUAAACUGGUUUGA